AUGGAAGAGCUUACGGCAGUCAGAUCUCCUGUUUUCCCACUGGAGAAUGAUGUAGACGUUUCUUCAGAUGCAGAACCUCUAUCUCAAACGUCCUCGAUUCAAGUGUUCAUCAAAUUAGCAGAACCUGUUGUUUUCAUACAAGGCUUUAAUCAAACUCAACAGAGUGAAACUCCUCCAAGUAUGCUUAGAGGAUCUUUAAUUCUAAGAGUAUUGAAACCGAGCAAACUGAAAAGCGUUUCUUUAUCAUUUAAAGGUUACUCUAGAACUGAAUGGCCGGAAGGAAUACCACCAAAGAGACAAGAAUUUGUUGAGGUUUGCGAUAUUGUAAAUCACGUUUGGCCAUUUUAUCAGAAUGACGGUAGCACCACGACGAGUGGAUUGACUCAUACGGAUGAUAAUAGUUUUCUACUUAGAGAAUCAGGUGCAUCAAUUUACAAAAGUUUAGAAAGUGUAAGAAAUAGAAGAGGGAGUUUUUCAGCUCAUAGUCCAAGAUCGAGUUUUAAUUUCGAUGCAGAAAAUGGUGGUGGUGAUCAUCAGGCUGGUGGGAGGAAAAGAAGUACUAGCAAUGCGGGUCCUAUAGGAUUAGGAGUUACUACGGGCGGUAAAGAUGUUUCGACAACUUCGACGUCAAAUAGGACACUUUCCCCCAUGUCUAUACUGCGAAGAGCCACCUCACCGUCACCAAAUAAGCAUGACAGAUCCUCCAAUUUGAUAUCCGAUUUGUUAAGCAGUACUUUCUCAAAUUCAAACGAACAGAAUUCACGUCGUGGCAGUGCUAGUAGUGCUGGCGGUGGUAGUGGAAUAGGAGGUAGUGGUAAUAGCCAUUUAACUGUUAAUGGUGACAGUGGUAGUACCAGCGGGUCUGGAGACCAUUUUGUCUUUCAACCAGGUGACUAUAUCUAUACUUUUGAACAAGCGAUCCCAACUUCAUACCCAGAAACAAUAAAAGCAGAUUUUGGGUUUGUGGAAUAUCAAUUGUUUGCUAGCAUUGAAAGAGUUGGUGCGUUCAAGUCUAACGUUACCGCUCGAUUACCAGUGCCGUUGAUAAGAACGCAAUCGGAUUCAAGUGUGGAGGAAACUGAACCAAUUGCCAUUUCUCGUGAUUGGGAAGAUCAAUUGCAUUAUGAUAUCGUCAUCGCAUCCAAGGAUAUUAUAUUAGAUGCUUUCCUACCGAUUGCAUUCCAUUUUGCACCUUUGGAUAAGGUUACUUUGCACAGAAUUCGGAUUUAUUUGACAGAGACUAUGGAAUACUACUGUAGAGGUAAAAAGGUGCAUAGGAUGGAACCUACUAGGAAAUUUCUAUUGGCAGAACAUAACGGUCCAAACAUCAUGCAUCCUGAGGAGAAGGGUCCAUUAAAGGCUAAGAAUAUGGGGAACCUUUUAUUAGAAGAAAGCAGUGGUGACUUGGUAAAUAAAGAUUACGAAUAUCAAGUGUUCGUUCCUAGUAUUGUAUCUGAUAGACACGUUAUACAUCCUGAUACAUCUUUUGACAAGGUUAAAUCGAACCACUGGAUCAAGUUAUGUCUCCGUCUUUCUAGAAUGAUCGAUGGUAAAAGAAAACACUAUGAAAUCAGCAUUGAUUCUCCAAUCCAUGUCUUACACAAAUUAUGCUCACAUGCAAACACUCUGUUGCCAAGUUAUGAUAGUCAUGUCUUUACUAAUGAACAAGCUUUGAAUGCUUGUCCCAAAUUCGGUAAUACUGGAGAUGUGAACAUCUAUCACGAUUCGAACAUUUUCUUCCCCAAAGAAGUAUUGUUAUCACCGAUAUUAUCACCAGAAGUACAUUCCAUGGAUGUGAAGUUGGCAAAUAGCAUCAGGAGCUCUAGUCAAAAGCCUGUUCGUAAUCGUGAUCGUCGUAACUCAAGAGCCGGCGAAGAUUUCGACCCCACUUUUGCCUCACCUAAAUUAAGAUCGAAUAUCUAUCAGCCGGAAACUAUCCCUAGAGAACUUGCAUCCCCACAAGCUGUUCCAUUUUCUCCGGUAAGUUCUCCCUUGUUAAGAUCUAUUUCACCGUGGAUUGCGCCACCACCAAGUUUUGAUUUCAAUAACGAUGAGUUUCGUCCCUUCAAUGAUUUACCACUUGAUCCACCUACUUACACAGACGUGCUAAAGUAUGACGAGCUAGAAAAAGAGCAAAAGAAUUCGUCAACUUCAAAGCCUCCUGAAGUGCCCAAGAUUACCCUAAGUAAAUUAAACGAGGAGAAACCUACAUUGGAUGAACAAUUGGCAGGUGAUUACUCACUGGAUCCGCUCUCGAGACAAGAAAAUUUGGGAAACACGAGAAACAGCUUAGAAGCCAGUCUGAAGGGUAACGAGAAUGAUGCCGAAGACGAUGGAGAUAUUGCCUCCGGUUUCAAUUUCCAAGGUGCCUCCAAAACAUCACCUAAUUUACCUGUUGCUGUUUUAAGAUCCCCAAUAAUGCAUCCAGUCAAUCCAGGUCUAGAAAAUAAAUCUCCCCCCAGGGCCUCUUUAACAACUAGCACACUACCCACGAAAGAUGCAAAGACACAUGCUAAAUCUUCUCUACCAACUGAUACUCUACCUUCCACAGUAAGAAAUGAUAGUUCGGGACUCACUGGGUUGGGUGAAAUUCUUGAUGAAGAUCCUCCUGGAGCUAUUCCCAUGACUAACAGAAAUGACACCAAUGGCUCUAUUUCAUCAUCAGUAGGUCGGUCGUCUUCGUUUGACAGCGUGGCUGCAUUAGCAAAUAAAAGCAAUCUAGUACCGCUUUUACAAAGAUCAGAUAGCCGCCAUAAUGCGAGUGUAGAUGACUUUGCCAUGCAAUCGAGAGAUUCGAUUGCCAACUAUACUGAAGCUCCUGUGGAUACUUCCGUCGAUAUUACUGCACUUUAUGACCGAAAUUCCAGUCCAUGGCAUCCCUUACAAAUGAGUAUGGGUCCCGAUCUUUCCCCAGUGGUUAGUCCUUCUUACUCGUCCAAUGUAGCUGACAGGAAUCAUGUGAUAGAUGAUUUUAAAGAAGCCCUCCACUUUAGUCCUUAUAGCCAAGAUUCAGGAAUGCAAAAUGCUAACGACUCAAGACAUUCAGGAAGCCCUUUUGCCUCCGCCAAUGGUAUUAAUAUGUCACAGCACUCAAAUAUUCGUAUGCCACCAGCAACUUUCCAAAGAUCCUCUCCUGAGAAGCAAUUAGUGAAUGAAGUUGGUACAGAGGCCACUUCGCCUCGUGACGAAGGAUCUUUCUUCUGUCGAUAA